AAAUAUAUUUUCUUUUUGGACAUUUUUUUUAUUUCAUUAAAAAAAAUGUCUCCCUCAGUAAAUUGAUUAUCAUAUUUAGCUUCUUCGAAUGAUUGCUUUCAGGUUUUUCUGUGGGCUGUACAGAAAAAGCUAGAAGCAAUCAUAAUUAUAUUUUCUUAGCCAAGACCUUGCACAGCGGGUAAAUAAUACACACUGGGCAACAACAUCAUACAUACAAAAAUAAACAAAAAAAUACGUAAACUAUGUACAAACCAGGGAUGUUGCGAACAUUCGCAUCUGCAUCCGCAAAUGCGGAACAUCCGCAUUGUUUUGGACAUCUGCAUCUGCUUCCGCAUCCGCAUUAAUCAAUGCGAAUGUUCAUGCGGAUGCGAAUAUUAUACAAGUAGCGACAAGAAAGAAACUGGGCGGGGCCGGUGAUUGACGCGUGCCGGUCGCACGUGACAAUAACCAAUGGGAGCGAAGAAAUUAGUGACAAGAUUCGACACGUUUGUAUGUUUUCGCUAGUGCAUCAUUUGUUUGUUCCUUGCAAGUGCAAGUGAAUAAAUACGUGUUUGUUUGCGUUGUGAAGUGAAAGUGAACUACUUAUCGUAUCAUAAAGAUAAAUAGGUAUUUUUAAUGUUAUUGUGAUACAGUGUGUAAAUAAGAAGAGUUUACAAGAAAACUUUAUAUUAUUUAAGACUAAUAUUCAUAAGAUCACAGGUGUGAUUCCCGUUAUUGAUAGUUUAUCUAACUAUUUAGUCAACAAUGUCACCACCGAUCAAAAGUAAUGUAUGGGAUUAUUUUGAACCAAAUAAAGAAGACCAGGAUAAAGCUAAUUGUAAAAUAUGCAAAAAAAGCUACUCUCGCAAGGGCCGCACCACGUCGUCUUUAAAAAACCAUCUUAAGUCGAUGCACUCAGAAGAAUUUUCUACAUUUGAGAACAUUAGUAAAGAAAAAAAAUUACAACAGAUGAAAUCUGACGCAAAUAAAGUUACCACUCCUCUGCAAGAAUCAAAGAAACAACUUUCAUUAGAGGAAGUGGUUCUAAAAGAAAAGAAGUGGGACGUCAAUAACUUGAAUUCUAAAAAAAUUGAUAAACUCAUUGGAGAAAUGAUUGCACUUCAAAAUUUACCGUUUAAUUUUGUUGAAGGGCUAGGUUUUCGUAGACUGAUGCAAGAAUUAGCACCAAGAUAUAACUUUAGGGGACGCAAUUUUUUUACAGAUUUUGUAUGCAAGGAAUUAUAUAGCAAAGUGGCUCAAAAAGUUAAAGGAUUAAUCGAAAAUUUUGAUAACAUGUCGUUUACGUCUGACAUUUGGUCGGAUCCUAGCUCAAACGCUUCUUUGCUUAGCCUGACUUGCCAUGGAAUUGCAGAAAACUUUGAUAGAUCAUCGAUAAUAUUGAAAUGUGAGACAUUUGACGGCCGUCACACUGGUGACUUAGUUGCUGAAAAAUUCAGUAACAUGCUUUCUGAAUGGAACAUUAAAAAACAACAACUGCAUUGCCUAAUCAGAGAUGAAGGGUCUAAUAUGAAACGAGCCGCGCGAUUAGCAGCAUUAAAUGAUAUAGACUGUACUGUUCACAAGAUACAACUGGCUAUCCGUAGUUGUUUAGGUUCUCAAGAAAACAUAAAAAUACUAAAACAAAAGUGUAAGAGAAUUUCGACCCAUUUCAAUCACUCUACCAUUGCCCAGAAACAACUGCAAUCAAUUCAGGACAGACUGAAUCAACCGCACCUGAAAGUGUUUCAAGAUUGUGUAACACGAUGGAACAGUACAUUCUACAUGUUCGAGCGUUUUUCAAAGAUAAAGGAUGCUCUGAGCCUUUACAUGAAUGAUAAUGAAAUUGACCCUGUUCUACCAGAAGAAUGGAAAAUGAUUGAAAGUUUCAUUCAAUUACUGGGACCUUUUGAGGAAGCAACACGGGAACUGAGCAGCUCUUCUGCUCUUAUUUCAUCUGUGAUACCGAUAAUACAAAUGCUUGAAAAAAAAGUUGAUGACUAUUUAACAAGAUCGCAAGAGUUUGAUCCGAUUCGUCAGGCUGUAACGACUUUGAAAAACGAACUUUCUACAAAGUUUUCUAGCUUGGGAGAAAACAAUUUAUAUACCAUCGCUACCUACUUAGAUCCUCGCUAUAAGCACAAAUUUUUCACACCGGUGACUGAAGAAAAGAUUAAAGAUGACAUUAUAAAAAUGAUAAAUAUUGAGAAUGACAAUUUUGAAUCAGUUAAUACCAAUGCCAAAAGGGCUAAAAUAACUGAUUGCAUGGAAAAUGAAACAGAACAACUAGGACCAGGGACUUCAGGUUUCAACAAAAAGCCAUGCUUAAAAAACGACCUGGCUAUGAUGUUAGAUUCGUCGAGUGAAGACGAAAGUCAAGAUGAGCCAGAAAAUAGUAGCGUUGAAGCUGUAUUAAAAAAAGAGUUACUUGCUUACCGUACUAAAAAAAGAAUAAAUGUGAGUGAAAAUCCUUUAAACUGGUGGAGUGUACAUCGAGGGGAAUUCAAGGUAUUAUCGCCGAUAGUACGAAGAUUUUUAUCUGCUCCACCGGGCAGUGUUCCUAGCGAACAACUGUUUAGUAGCGCGGGAUUAAUUUACGAACCUCUGCGUAACAGACUAGAACCAGAAAAGGCGGCAAUACUACUCUUCAUCAAGUAUAAUGCUCCUAUUUUUAAAUUCAACUAUUGAUAUAAAAAACAGAAGGUGUUCAGUUACAUUAUACAUGACUUAUAUUUUUAACAUAAAAAUAAGUACUUAAUUAUGUUUGAUUACAAUAAAAAUGUUAAUAAUUACGU